UUAUAAAUUAAUACAACGACAGAUGUGGCACGAAGCAAGAAGGCAGGAAAGGGCUGUUCGCCACAAAUUGGUUGACGGUGCAAAACGACAUGAGCGCAGAAGGCAAUUCUACGAGAGUGUGAGACGUGACCCUAAUGAGUUCAUGCAAGUUCAUGGUCAGCAUAUGCCGAUUCACGUCGAUCCCGUAAUUGCCGAGGCUGCUGAAUCUCCCAAUAUUUUGAGGAAAUGGCAAGGAGACGAUAAUAUAUUAAUUGACCGUUUUGAUGUACGUGUUCAUUUGGAGCAGAUACAGGAUCCGCCUUCUAAACAGGCAAAAAGGAAUUUAUGAUGUAAUGGAACUGCAAUGUGAUUAUGAACGGUACAGGAUACUUGUAUUUAAUGAUUUUAAAAAAGGUUGCUU